AUGGAGCAAGCGCGAACCCUAUACAAGAAGGAAAUCGACUUUGCAGCCCUCGCGUUGCAGUCGCGAGAAUUCGCGAAACACUUGCGAUUCAAUGGUCAACUGGAUUUUCACGAUGAAGCUGCUGUGAGGCAGUUGACAAUCAGUCUGUUGGAGCAUGAUUUUGGACUUCAUGUGAAAUUACCGAAAGAUAGACUAUGCCCCCCAGUGAGUGUAAUAUUAACUUGCAGAAAUGAACACCCCAGCCUAAUGGAACUCAAUUACGUCAUCUGGAUUCAAGAUCUUCUUGAUACAAGUACUGCCAAUAUUCGUGAAAACUACGACCCAGACCGAGAGGUCGCUGGACUGGAUGUAGGAACAGGAUGCUGCAGCAUUUACCCUCUUUUAGGCUGCAAGGUCCGUCCACGAUGGAGAUUCAUAGCCACGGACAUCGAUGAGCAAAAUGUCAAGACGGCCCGUGAAAACGUGUCUCGAAAUGGGCUAGACUCAAAAAUCCAGAUCAUAAAGACCAAUGCAGAAGACCUCUUCUUCGCGCCGGAUGUUUUCAAGCAGGAAAAGCUUGACUUUACCAUGUGCAACCCUCCAUUCUACGCCUCAGAGCAUGACAUGUUGAGCUCUGCUGAGACGAAAUGUCACGUCCCAUUCUCGGCUUGCACUGGAGCUGCUGUUGAAAUGAUAGUGGAAGGUGGUGAAACCGCGUUUGUCGCCCGCAUGAUUGAAGAGAGCCGACAAUUGCAAGAACGGAUCCAGUGGUACACUUCAAUGCUGGGAAAACUCAGCAGUAUAACGACGCUCGUGGAAGUACUCAUCGAAUACGGCAACAAUAACUACGCAGUCACCGAAUUUGUGCAGGGCAACAAGACAAAAAGAUGGGCUCUCGCGUGGUCAUGGGGAGAUCGGAGACCCUCAAUGCCUUUAGCUCGGAAUAUUCCUGGAUUCCCACGUCAUCUACUUCCGUUCCCGGCAGAGUUCACAUUCACAUUACCGACCGGGGCUCAUGUCGAUUCAGUCAUCGCCAGUAUGAAUGGAGAGUUCGACACACUUCCCUGGUUCUGGAAAUGGGAUAAAAAUCUCAGUGCUGGUGUCGGCUUCGCAUCAGAAAAUGUCUGGUCUCGACAAGCUCGAAGGAAGAUGAAGCUCGCCGGACAGGCUCGGUCUGGAAAGCUGGAUGCUGCUCCGACAGAGGUUGAACUAGGUGUCAGAAUCCAGGUACGGCUACUGUCAGGAACUGGGGAGGAAGCAAGAGAAGUGCAAGUCACGAUUCGCUGGAUCCAAGGAACGGAUAGUGUCAUCUUCGAAAGCUUUUGCGGAAUGGCUAAACGGAAAAUCGAAGGCAAAUAA